AUGGAGGAACCUGAUGGGAUUGGAAUGAAGAGUCUGGAAGAUCAGUGGGAGAAGCUGAAACUCUCGGAUGAGGAGAGGCGAGUUGUUGACGUUGGAGAGGACAAUGAAGAGGAGGCAUGGGAGUAUGGGGAACGGAGUAUUGUUGGAAAAAUUUUUUUGGAUAGGACGAUUGGAAGAGAAACAUUGUCAGCAACGAUGAGGAAGAUCUGGCGUAUUAGCAAGCCAGCGGAAUUUCGGGAGGUAGGUGACAAUAAAUUUGUUAUUUCAUUCUCUUCAGUAGCUGAUAAGCUGAGGGUGUUAGAUGGUAGACCAUGGCUGUUUGACAACCAUCUGUUUGUACUUAAGGCGUUUGAAGCUUUUACUCAACCAAAUGAGUGGAAGUUUGAGAGUGAACUUUUCUGGAUCCAGAUCCAUAAUCUACCAAUGAUUUGCAUGACUAAGGAGAAGGGGAAUGUAAUUGGUAAAUCGUUAGGUAGAUUGAUGAAAGUUGAUGUUCCUAAUGAUGGCAUUGGAUGGGGGGAGUUCUUAAGAGUACGGGUGGAGAUUCCUUUGAAAAGAGCUGUUGUCAGAGGUAGAUGGCUUAUGGUGAAUGGCCAUAAGGUUUGGGUUGAUAUUAAAUAUGAGAAACUGCCUAGACUUUGUUUUAAGUGUGGGUGGUUGAUUCACGGGGAGAAGGGAUGCUUGAGGAAGAAGGAUGAGGAGGAUGGUGUUGGGAAGACAGAGCAGGAUCAAUUUGGAUCUUGGUUGAGGGCUGAUGGGGGACAAAAAAGAAGAUAUCAGAAGGGAGGAUGGGAGGAGAGAUCUGGUACGGGAGCAGAUUAUUUUGGUGAUUCAAAAAAGGGUGAGGCAAGUGAAAGUCAUGCAGAUACUGAAGGAAAAAAUUCUAAGGGACUUGAUGCUGAGGAGUCAGAGUCAAGUGUGGUGGGGGUGAGGAAUGUGGGGGAAGGUGGGUUUAGGGAGAGAUGUAUGAAGGAACAAGCAAUGGUUGAGGUACAAAAUGAAGAAGAGAGAGUGGGGAAUGAUUGGCCUAGGAAGGGGAAGGAUGAAAUACCAGAAAAUAUGGGGAAGGGGAUCUUAGUGAAAAAAACACCUAAGAUGCCUUUGGGGGUACCAGAAAUGGUAUGUGGUGAAAUAGUAAGUGAAGAGAGAAAAAAGUUGAAAGGAAAAAAGUCUUGGAAAAGGAGAGCUAGAGAGUUUGGAAAAAUAGAGAAUUAUGAGAGGUAUCCAGUCAGGGGAAAAAGAGGGAUAGAGAUGGAAGGAGAAGGUGGGGGUUUUAAAAAACAGAGGCAAGCUUUAAAGGAGAUUAACUCUCCAAUGUUAUUGGCAGGAGCUGCUGGGCAGCCCUGCCAGGAAUUAUGA